AUGACCGAAGUGUUAAAUCUCUCUUUUCAUUAUGCGACGUCGGGGGUCUACAUCGGGAUCCAAUAUCUCCACGUGGCAGCUGAUGGGAGGGCCUUCGCCCAUUUCAUGAGGACGUGGGCCUCACUCAGUAGAGCAGAACUACAGGGGGACCCCACCUGCAUUGAGAAGUCAAAGGCAUUCCUGGACAGGACCGUGAUCAAAGACCCAUAUGAUCUUGAGCCUAUCUUCUUGAAGGACUGGAGGAACGCGAAGCAAAGAGCCCGGGCACAGGAAAUGGCGAAAAGCGAAGUUGGGGAUGACAAAGAAGCAGCACAUCACUUUUGUUUCAUGGGAGACUGCAGGAACCAUCUCGAGUAUCCGGUACCGGACGCAUACUUCGGCAACUGCAUUGCUAUGUGUUUUGUCACGAUUAGGAAGGACUUGCUGGUGGGAUCGCACGGGAUGGAGUCAGCUGCAAGGGCAAUAGGAGCGAAGAUCAAGGAACUGGAAUCCAAUGGCGGCCCGCUGAGAGGAUCAGAGAGGGAAUCUCGUACCAAUGAGUGGAUUCCCGGGGCAGAGUCUUAUGAUACCGUUUUUGGGAGGGGCAGGCUGUGGAAGAAGCGGGCGGUCCAUAUCGAUGCAGCGGAAACCAUUGGACUCACAGAGAGUCGGGACGGGAAAGGCGGGGUGGAGAUUGGAUUGGCUUUGCAUAGGAUUCGGAUGUAUGCAUUCUCAUUGUUGCUUGAAGAGAGAGCAAAAUCGUUGUCAUAA